AUGCUCUGCUGCCCAUUUUGUUUCUUCCCAGGGGAAGCAGAGGCAGGCGCAGCUGGGCUUCCAGAGGGAGCACCCCAGGAGAUGGAGAAGCUGGAUACGAACGCCUCAAAGGAACAAAGAUUCUGCCACUACUCGGAGGACUACAAGCAAAUCUACCUCUCUCUGACCUACAGUAUCAUUUUUGUGCUAGGGCUGCCCCUGAACGGCACUGUCUUGUGGCUCUCCUGGCACCAGACCAAGCGCUGGAGCUGUGCCACCAUCUACCUGGUGAACCUGAUGGUGGCCGAUCUGCUUUACGUGCCGACGCUGCCCUUCCUCAUCAUCGCCUACUCCUUGGGUGACAGGUGGCCCUUCGGGGAACUGCUGUGCAGGCUGGUGCGCUUCCUGUUCUACACCAACCUCUACGGCAGCAUCCUGCUGCUGACCUGCAUCUCUGUGCAUCGCUUCCUGGGAGUGUGCCACCCUGUGCGUUCCCUGCCCUACCGGACCCGCCGGCAUGCCAUGCUGGGCACGGCAGCCACCUGGGCCCUGGUGGUGCUCCAGCUGCUGCCCACACUGGGCUUCUCCCACACGGGCUACAUCGACGGCCAGACGAUCUGCUACGACAUGACCAGCCCAGAUAACUUUGAUCAGUUUUUCGCCUACGGUAUAGUUCUGAUGUUGUCUGGCUUUCUUUCCCUUCUCGGUCAUCGUGGUGUGCUACUCGCUGAUGGUCAGGAGCCUGACCAAGUCAGAGGAGACCCUCGUGAGGACGGGGAAAGCAGUCCGGGCCAAGUCCAUCCGCACCAUCCUGCUGGUGUGCAGCCUCUUCACCCUGUGCUUCGUGCCCUUCCACAUCACACGCUCCUUCUACCUCACACUCCGCUUCCUGACCUCCCAGGACUGCCAGCUUUUGGUGGUGGCCAGCUUGGCCUACAAGAUAUGGAGGCCUCUGGUGAGCAUGAGCAGCUGCCUCAACCCAGUCCUGUACUUUCUCUUAGCGGGAAAAACAGAGUCAGGCUCCUCCAAAAACUGAGGCAUAACAAGGUGGGUGCGCACCCAGCUGGACCCAGGGAGGGGGGUCCAGGGUUGGGCAGAUCUGGGCGCUGUCAAGAUGAAGUGUGGAGAAAAUGA